AUGAAAACAAAAUCAAAAAUUGAUGAGGAACCAAUACAAAAUACAAAACGUCGUCGAAUUGAAAAAAAUAAUAUUCAACAAACUCAUAUAGAAUAUGAUUCAUUAGAAAAAUAUGGAUAUCAUUUUAAAAAAGGCAAACUGGUCUCAAUUGAAACUGGUAAACCAUUUAAAUUCGAUGUGUUUUCAGAUCAAGAAGAAAAUCAAAAACGAUAUGAAUCAAUUGGUAAAUUAAUUGAUAAUGCUGUAUAUGAAUUACUUGAGAAUACAUGUCAAUUACAACGUGUUAUAGUACCAGUUGAUGCAAAAAAAGGUGAACAUACAAGUUUUAUUUUUAUAAGUAAUGAUUUAUCAACUGCUGAUUAUCUGAUGGUAAUUAUUCAUGGUACAGGAGUUGUACGAGCUGGUCAAUGGUCUCGCAAAUUAAUAAUCAAUGAAGGUUUAGAAGUUGGUUCUCAACUGGAAUAUAUUCAACGAGCUCGAGCCGCUGGUUAUGCUAUUAUUGUUACUAAUACUAAUUUGAAUAGUUUUGAAUCUCCUCGAUUGCUUCGUCGUUCAGCAAUAUGUUCUAUUCGUGGUAGUGCCAGUGCUGAAGAACAUGGAUGUUAUGUAUGGGAACAUUUUAUUCAUCCGAGUCAUGCUAAAUAUAUUUGUAUUAUGGCACAUUCAUAUGGCGGUGCUGUAGUACUUGAAAUGGCUCAUCGUUUUCUAAAAGAAUUUGAUAAAAGAGUUUUUGCUGUUGCAUUAACAGAUUCACCUAUGACAGUUUAUGGACGACGAGUUAAGAAAAAUGUUUUAAAAAUGCUUAAACAGAGAACAAUUAAUUGGGUUGUUGAUACAGAAGAAGUAGAUACUGAUUUAGGAGAAGAUGAUUGUUCACAAAUACGGUCUGCAGGUCAUAGAGUACAUGAAUGGACAUCAUAUACAGCAAUUGAUGCAAUUUUUGAUUUUUUUACUGAAGAACGUCGAAAACUUAAACGAAAUUAA